UAAUAUCACCAACAGGUACAUGCUGUGAAACUCCAAUGACUCCACAGACUGCAGUGGCCAAACGUUUAGCACUUUUAGGAGACCAGAUUUGCCAAGAUCCAGAGUUAAACCGCAGACUGCAGGAAGCCAUAGAUACCAUACUCACCUAUCCAUCUGAAACCCUGACUUAUGACAUAUUUCAGAACACGGCAUCACAUGUGAUGGGGCAGCAAAUGCCAGGAACUACACAGGUGGCCCUUUUAUUGCGCUUCACCAAACUGGCAGCAGUGGGCUUGACAAAAACUGGUACCUCAGGCAUUGGCAGGCUGACAGAAUAUGCUACGAAACUGAUAGCUGACAGGACUGCAGACUUUAUUCUGCAAAACGGAGGAUGGGACGCAGUUGCGAAUGUUGAUCCAGAUCACAUUGACACCAACCCCCUCUUCAGUUCUUCCGACAUCAGUCUCCCCGGUGCCCUGUCUCCAUUAGAAGUACAGCUGCCACCUGUUCAGGAAGAUGAUACUGUAGUCCCAGAGGCUACUGCAAAGGAUCAGCCUGAUGCACCUGACAGUGGAGGAGAACCUCGAGCUGAUGAAUCAACUGCUGAAUCAGAGAAAACCCCUGUUGAACAGUUUGUCUUGAGGAAAAGGGAAAGAUCGUUUUCGAGAGAAAGGUCUGAUGAAUCGGUAUUUGCAAAUGAGGAUGAAGAUGGCACUAGUGAUUUUGACUCAGAUAGGUUUAGUUACUAUACUACCAUGGCUAUUUAUUCAGCGGGUGCAGCAGCAAUUGCUGUACUGACUCUUGGAGUCUGUAUCUUGCUUUUACGAAAACGCUGAAUGAUAUGAAAAUUUUAACACAGUAUAAAAUUAUAUCAAAGCUUUUCCAACAAUUAAGACUAAGAAAAUUUAAAUAGGCAGAUUAUCACCUUUCAUAAAGUAUUUUAAUGGACAUUAUAAGGCAUUACUAUAGGACUGGCAGCAUUUUUUUUUUCAACUAUAUCAGUUAUAUAUAGUGUUUCUCAUAUGGUCAUCAAAACAUUCCAUAAAAGAAGUUUAACAAUUUAUUAUUUUCAAUACAUUAUAAAUGUUAAUAAGUGUAUUUGAUAUUUCAGCAGUAGGAGUUUUUAAUAUUUUAAUCACAUGCAAAAUACUCUCUGGUUGUGCAACAAUUAUAUGUGUUUUGCAUGUAAUGGUUGUUAUGUUACUUUUUUAUCGAUAAGAUCUUAAUAACAUUACAUACAGUAUACACGUAUAUAGGUAUGAAUUUGAUAAAAAUCAUAUUUUAAUAUAAAAGGCCUUAAAAGUGUUCACAUGAAAUAAUCGAUUGGCACAUUUGCCAAAUUUGAAGCAUCAACUUUAGUUUAAAUGACUGUAUUUGUGAUUGUGUCAUAAAAAAGAAAAUUGUAUACAUGUAAUAAAAUUCAUGGAUAAAAGUAAAAUGAAUUUUCAUUUACAGAACUGAUUGCUUCUCAUCCCAUCCAACAGCAGUUAACUAUGUCAAGGAGAAAGACUGUAAAGCUAGGGUUUAAUGUUUACUUAAAAAUCCACUUUAAGAAGUGAAUUGAAUUCAUAAAAUUGUCCAUUCAAGGAAUCACUUACUCCAUCCUGCGACUUAACAUUUUUUAAUGAAAUCAAAAUAAUCGGCAAUGAUUAAAGAGCAUUGUGUCUAAAACCCGUAUUGUAUGGAGAAUGUGACCAGUUUUAAAAUUUACAACAUAUACAAAUAAGCUGGGUCAGGAAGCUCAGGAUUAAUUUAGAUUGAUGAUUGCCAGAUGCAUAAAUUCUCAACAAUUAAUUCACAUAAUUACAGGAUUUUAAUCAUUUUAAUUACAAAGAGAGGUAAAAAUUGGAUGUUUUGCUUCAACAUGGCUUAUCAAAAAUCUCCAGUACCUGUGGUUGUAU